UCGAUCGAUAGUGACAAUAGCAGAAAAUAGUGGCGGUGAAAAUUGCUGGAAUUCCUUUCAUUUACGCGUCUUAUGAGAAUAAAACGGAGUGAUUCGUAACACAAGGUGGUUGUAUUCGCUCGACAAAACAUCAGAUCGUGCGAGAUGUAAUAAUUUUUACGUGACACGUUUGUAUUCUCGCCAAUUUCAUCGAUCAACAUUACUUUUGCACACAUAUGUGUUCCGCUUAUGCAUUAAAGAAGAGUUUUGCUUCUUUCUCAUUAUUCUCUCACGUCGUAUCGCUGCUAAACUAAAUGCGAUCGACACGUGCGGCUGCUGCAAAUUCUGUGAAGAGUUGUUGAGCGGAAUCUCGUUGUUGGUUACAACAACGCAGUCACGCGCGAGUAGCAAGUCGCUGAUGUUGUGACAAUUGUAACCUGUUUUGACGGCAGGACCUGGGAAGUUUGGCACGAGUGUACCAAGCGUGCUCAACGAAAAUGAGUUCAAAUCAUCAUCUGAAUUCGUCGUCCGGUGAGAUAAAUCACAUUCACUUUGUCUCUGAGGAUAUCGAGGCAUUGUACCUGUCUGAGGAGUAUGCAGACGUAACUUUAGUAGUGGCAGGUCAAAAGUUCCGUUGCCACAAGCUUAUUCUUGCCGCACGUAGUGAAUACUUUCGUGCUCUGUUGUUCGGAGGCAUGAAGGAGUCGACCCAGAGUGAAAUAGAAUUAACUGUAUCAUCGUUGCACGCUUUCAAAGGCUUGCUCAAGUACAUUUAUACCGGCCGUAUGUCUCUCACUAACGAGCGGGAUGAGGUCAUUCUUGAUAUCCUAGCUUUAGCGCAUUUAUAUGGAUUUAUGGAUUUAGAAUCAGCUAUAUCUGAUUACCUUAAAGAGAUAUUAAGCAUAAAGAAUAUAUGUUCAAUUCUGGAUACUGCAUUUUUAUAUCAUAUGGAAUUUCUAACUAACGUUUGCUUCGAAUACAUGGACGUGCAUGCAUCCGAAGUUGUACAACAUGAGAGUUUUCUACAUUUGAGUUCAGCUGCUCUAACUGAAUUGAUCUCCAGAGAUUCUUUCUGUGCGCCGGAAAUAGAAAUUUUUUCAGCUAUACGAUCGUGGGUUAAUAACAAUCCCGAUGUUGAUUCAACCGAAGUGCUAACUCAACUCAGAUUGAGUCUGAUUCCGCUGUCAGAUCUUCUAAGUGUAGUAAGACCAUCUCAAUUAAUAUCACCAGACGCACUAUUGGAUGCAAUUGCUGUACAGACACAAACACCUGAUUCGGAACUUCCGUAUCGUGGCCAUUUGCUCAUCGACGAAAAUGUUGCUGAUUCGUCUCUUGAUGCUCAAGUAUUACAAGGAGAAAUGCGUAGCUAUCUACUUAACGGUGAUGUUCACAAUUAUGAUAUGGAACGUGGUUACACAAGGCAUACUAUAUCUAAUACAGAAGAGUAUGGAAUUCUUAUUAAAUUAGGAUCACAGUAUAUUAUAAAUCAUAUAAAAAUGUUACUAUGGGAUUUAGAUUUGCGAUCUUAUUCUUAUUAUAUAGAGGGAUCUAUGAAUCAAAAGGAUUGGGUUAUGCUUGUCAAUUACAAAGAUUACUAUUGUCGUAGUUGGCAGUAUUUAUAUUUUGAACCAAGGGUAGUGCUUUAUAUUCGUAUUGUAGGAACAAAUAAUACAGUAAAUAAGGUUUUUCAUCUUGUUGACUUUGAAGCAUAUUAUACAAAUCAUACAGAAAAAAUUUCACAAGGCUUCAUUGUACCCACCAAAAACAUUGCUACUACCAUGCGAAGCGCGUGUGUCAUUGAAGGUGUGAGUAGGUCACGUAAUAAUUUAUUAAAUGGAGACACAUCUAAUUACGAUUGGGAUAGUGGUUAUACGUGCCAUCAACUUGGUUCGGGAUCUAUUCUAAUACAAUUAGGCCAACCAUAUAUGAUAGGAUCAAUGCGAUUACUACUUUGGGAUUGUGAUGAUCGUUCCUACUCAUAUUACAUAGAAGUGUCAGGCAAUUCCUGGAAUUGGGUAUCAGUCGCUGAUAAAAGCGAGGAAACCUGUAAAUCUUGGCAGACGAUACGUUUUCCGCCCCGUCCAGUAGUUUUUAUAAAAAUAGUGGGUGUUCACAAUACUGCAAAUGAGGUGUUUCAUUGCGUUCACUUGGAAUGUCCAGCGCAAAUAGAUGAUAAGAAUUCAAAAUCGCCAACGGACAAAGAAGCACAAACGUCAACAUCAUCGGACGGUAAUAAUUCCAUACUUCCUCUUCCUCCUCCGCCUCUUCCUGAGGUAGCCACAGAAGCGGUUCACAUUGAUAGUGAUGAGUCGUAAUUAAAAUAAAAGAGUCUGUAUAAGACGAUAAAACAUGAGUAACAGCUCUGACGAUUAUUUUGUAGUUGCUGCUCUUGUUAUGUAAGCUAGAUGAAUGUAAACAAUUCAUCGAGUGACCUCAAUGCAACUUUUAAGACUGUUCAAUAAUAAUUAUCCAAUAUAAGAUUGUAAUUAGUCACCUCGUUUUCUUGUUACGAGUUUUAACUUUUAUCAUCACGCCAAUGACUUUAAGUAUAAAUUAUACACAUAGCAACUGCCAAUUUUAAUUAGCGAUAUAAU